UAUUCGUAAUUUUUAUCUACAUUCAGUAAAUAAGAACAGGUUUUGAUGAUGUCAUAUUCGAUUUUGUAAUCCAAGCAUAGUACUCGAGGUUGGUGGCAGAUGGCGUUGCGCAAUGACUCAACAGGUGAAAAUUUCUAUGAACUGUUUGUCAAACUCACUCGACUUUUUGCGGCUCUUUAAUGUUCGAUUAUUUUACUCCACGAUAUUUUAAUACGAAAGUUUUCCAUUAAGAAAAUAGUAAUAAUAAAUUAAUAAAAAAAGUUAUUGAGUUUGUUUUUAAAACGACCUCACUUCCGGUCGAAGUAACGAAUCCGGUUGUCAAGGUACGGUAUAGAAUUAUUUUAUGAAGAAAAGUUUUCUUCGUUUAUUUGUGCAUUGUGAUUUGAAUCUGGAAAGAUAAAUGCUAUGAAGUUAUACAUAUCUAUAAAGAAAUUAAUUUGCAUCUUGAGCGUUUUUCCCAUCUUAUAUUUAUGUUCCGCAGAACUUAGAAGAACAUUUACAAGUGAAAAAGGCGAGUCGUUUUCGAAGCUUCUUAUUCAUAAAGAUUCAGUGUAUGUCAGUGGUAAUAAUGAGAUUUAUAAAUUGAAUUCGGAUCUUGAGAAAACACAAAAGUUGGAAGGCAGACCCUGCCAAGAACAAACGAGCGACGAAAGAAAUGACAUUACAGUUUUGCUAAUGUACAAGUACACCAAAUCUGAUUUACUAUUGAGUUGCGGCACGGCUUGCAGAGGAAGAUGCAAAUUACAUUUGGAGACAGAUAUAGUGAAAUAUAGAUGGAUCGGAGAUUUCAACGAUAAUCUAAGUUAUGUGGCAAGUCGCGAUUCAACCGUAGCAUAUUUUGCUCCGGGACCUUUUAAUCUCAACUCUCUCUACGUCGCAUCCACAUACGAUAACAGACCUUUAGACCAGUCUCCAGUUUCUGUAUCAAGUAAAGCGAUAAAUUUUACACGAAAUACAACGCAGAGUUUUACUUUCGUUUAUUCGUAUCAUUCGGAAUUACAAUCGACAUCAGUCGAUUUUCAUCAAUCGUAUAAGAAAAGAUAUAUAGUGAAUUAUGUCUACGGCUUUAGUUACGAAGGUUACAGUUACUUUUUAACUCGUCAAAAAGUAAGUUUGGAAUCGCAAAGAUACGAAACGAGGUUGGUUCGAGUAUGUCAGAAAGAUACUGCAUUCUUUUCCUAUACAGAAGUUCCUUUAAGUUGUCAUAAAGGAUUGGAUAAAUAUAAUUUAGCUACGACUGCAUAUUUAGGAAAUGUCAGCAAAUCUCUCAAGAAAAGAAUGAAUUUAAAUCAAACGAAAGAUGUCCUUUUUAUAGUUUUUGCUGCUACUAUUAGUGAUCACGAGAACAUGAUUGACAGAAACAAAGGAUCGGUUAUUUGUUCGUUUCCGAUGUCACAAGUCGUCGGAUUUUUCAAAACCGCCGUGGAGAAAUGUUUUAAAGGAGAACCCAGAACUCAUUUGUUAAAAGUAAUUACCGGUAAUCAUAUCGACUGUAAAAAACAGGAUAUAGAUAUUAAAGACGAUUUUUGUGGAUCACAGUUGAAUCAUUAUAUAGAAGGAAUGGAAGCAAUUCCUGGAGGAUUUAGAACUCAUGUUAAUAAACAUGUAACAUCUCUGGCUAUCACCUUACAAAAAGAAGAAACUGUUGCGGUUCUAGGUUCUGAUGAUGGUUAUGUUAUAAAGGUAAUAUUAGAAAGAAGAAAAGAUCAACCACUUUUCACAAUACUUCUCGCAGACGACGAUCAACUUGACAAAGAAAUUAAACCAUCCAAUGCAUUUGAUGAGAAACAUGAAAAUAUUUAUUUACUUGUAGGAAAUAAGGUAAUAUUAGAAAGAAGAAAAGAUCAACCACUUUUCACGAUACUUCUCGCAGACGACGAUCAAGUUGACAAAGAAAUUAAACCAUCCAAUGCAUUUGAUGAGAAACAUGAAAAUAUUUAUUUACUUGUAGGAAAUAAGGUAGUAAAAUAUCCCAUUAGCUCCUGCACUGUAUAUACAAAAUGUGGUUCGUGUCUUAGUACAGAUGAUCCUCUACAUUGCGGAUGGUGCGGUUCUUACUGCGCUCAUGUUGACGAAUGCGAAACACCACCAAUUAACACGUCUACUUGUCCUCCUUUCAUUGACAAAGUUUCUCCGUUAAUGGGCCCAAUUCAAGGUGGAACACUGAUAACUAUCGAAGGUGAUAACUUUAGUACUUCUCAAAGUAAAGCUAAUGUCUAUAUAAAUAUAGCAGUAGCUGGUGUUCCAUGUGAAAUUGUAUCUUGGGAGUACACAAGGUUUGUAUUUGCUGGUCAAAAAAAAUUUUUUCUUGGAUAUGUCCAAUUUGUAGAUAUGGAAAAAGAAAAUAUCAACAAAUUAUUAUAUAUUCUUAUACCUGUGAUAGUUGUUUUAAUAAUAGUAACAGGUUUAAUAGUUAAACUUAUUCAUAGAAAAUUAUCUCAGAAGGCUCUGCAUUCAGAUUUAAUAGUAUCAUAUACAAGUGAAUCAGAUUCUCGACAAGGUAGUUGCAGAAGACGACAAGAAGCAAAUGGUAGGUUCAAAGCAGUUUUUUUUUGUGUAUUUGCUGGUCAAAAAAAAUUUUUUCUUGGAUAUGUCCAAUUUGUAGAUAUGGAAAAAGAAAAUAUCAACAAAUUAUUAUAUAUUCUUAUACCUGUGAUAGUUGUUUUAAUAAUAGUAACAGGUUUAAUAGUUAAACUUAUUCAUAGAAAAUUAUCUCAGAAGGCUCUGCAUUCAGAUUUAAUAGUAUCAUAUACAAGUGAAUCAGAUUCUCGACAAGGUAGUUGCAGAAGACGACAAGAAGCAAAUGAUUAUCUAGAUAUGCGAGGAAGGAAUCAAUCAUCAUCAACUCCUGUCUCUCCAAACUCACCUUUAAGUUAUCAAGUUGAUGAUGAAACUGUAUCUGAAAAUGAAAUUAAAUGUACAUCAGGUCCAUCGAAUAUAAAGUCUGAAAACUUAGUGAAAGUAAUUAUUGAUGAUGCAGAAUUAGAACCAUCACAGCUGAGUUUUUAUGAUGACAAUAGGCAGCAAUUUAAUGGUCUGACAUAUAGAUACACAGAAGAUCCAAUUAUUAUUGACAUAAAACCACAUGUUGCCACAAUUAGUGGAGGGACCAAUAUAACAGUUGUAGGAAGAAAUCUGCACAGUGUAGCUUAUGCUAAGAUGAUAGUAAAAGCUGUUUUCACUGCUAGUGGUGAACAAAUAAAUUUUAUUCAGAAUUGUUCUAUAAAUCGAUCCACUGGGAAACAAAUGACUUGUCCAGUACCUCCUUUAAAACAUGAAAGAUUACGUUUUCAAGCUGAUACUAUUGCUCCUGUAGUUACACAUAUGGCUUUUUUGAUGGAUGGUGUUACUCAAUUAAGAGAGUUGCCUUUAAAUANGAAAUCAAAUUUAUAUUCGAGAAUUAAAUAUUUUUAUUAUAUUUUUUUAGAUUAUCUAGAUAUGCGAGGAAGGAAUCAAUCAUCAUCAACUCCUGUCUCUCCAAACUCACCUUUAAGUUAUCAAGUUGAUGAUGAAACUGUACGUUUAUUACAUGCAGAAAACAUAUUUGUCAUAAGGGAUUAUUUGAGUUUGGGAAAUGUUAUUGGACANAUAGAUGCUUCAAAUGGUGAAGAUGAUGUUAAGUCAUUUCUUCAGGAAGGAUUAAUGAUGAAAGAUUUUCAUCAUCAUAAUGUAUUAACUCUCAUUGGAGUUUGCUUUGAAGCAGAAGGCACUCCAAUGGUUAUUAUUCCGUACAUGAAAUUUGGAGAUUUACUCUCAUAUAUUCGUAAUGAGAACCAUUCACCCACUGUAAAAGAUUUAUUGCAAUAUGGCAUUCAAAUUGCAUCUGGAAUGAAGUAUCUCUCUGAUCUUAAAUUUGUCCAUAGAGAUUUAGCUGCAAGGAAUUGCAUGUUGGAUGAAGAUCAUACAGUUAAAGUAGCUGAUUUUGGUUUGUCAAGAGACAUAUAUGAAAGAGAUUAUUACAGCAGUGAUAACAAAAAAACUAAAUUGCCUGUUAAAUGGAUGGCACCAGAAAGUUUAGAAAAAGGAACUUAUAAUACUAAAACUGAUGUGUGGUCCUUUGGUGUGGUAUUAUGGGAGUUAAUGACUCGUGGUGUUACGCCGUAUCCAGAUGUUGAUAACUGGGAUAUAUUACAUUAUCUAAAAAAAGGACGUCGAAUGCCACAACCUUCUUAUUGUCCAGACAUGUUAUAUAAUAUCAUGUUACGGUGUUGGUCUGAAGACCCAAAGAAGAGGCCUUCAUUUACAGACUUAGAAUCAGAUGUUCAAAGUGUAAUUACCAAGUUAGAACAGAAAAGCAAGCAAAAACGGGUUGGUCUUAAUGUUACAUAUGUGAAUUAUCCUUCUUCAAUGGCAGAUGUGGAAGCUACUGGAAAUAUAUUUUGAAAAACUUCUGUACUUGAAUCAAAGAUGGUACAUGCAUAAACAAAGUUGUUUCUAUUCUACAAUAUAUUUAAGUACAACAAACUUCAAGCGUUUGGAGAGAUAUAAAGAUAUAAUUACACAUGACAUAUUACUGAAGUGUGUUGCCACUAAGGUCACUGUCUCUACAGAAAGCUCCAUAAAAUGUCAUGACAAGUAUCACCACUCAAUAGAACAAAAGUCUGCAACAAAUAUAUAUCAAUGCCUUUGAAAUUGUGAUAAGAACACAGAUUAAUAUGUAUCUAUCACAUAACUUAAGGAUACCAUUUUUUAUUUUUGAGAAAUUUACAUUUUUCCAUUUCCAUCAACUACCCUGUGUUUCCUAGUGUGUGAAGGAAACAAUGAAAUACAAAGGUUUUGUGACAUAUUUUAGUGCCUUUGGAAUUGUGAUAAGUACAUAUAUAUUAUAUAUAAUAUGUACUGUUUUUAAUCAUUAUGUACUAUUUACAAAUAUUUUUGUAAAAUGUUAUAACUAGUCAUUUUUUAAACAUAGAUUUAUUGCCAUCUUAAAAGAAUAUAUUAGGAAGAAAUAUUUAUAAUGUGCUACUCAUUUAUGAGGAAAAGUCACAAAUUUCAGAGAGCAAUAUUUAUUUCAAAAUGUUUGUUUGCUUUCAAGUGUAUAUAGUGAAAAAAAGACUGAGUUUGUUUGAAAUUUAUAUUUGAACAAUAUGUGUUUAUGUGAAUAAGAAACUUUGAAAGGAUAUGUUCUUUUCUCACAAACAUCUUUUAAAGAAUUCAUUUUAGGACAUUUUGAUCCCAUUAAUCAUCCUGUACAUAUGUUUUUUAAAAGUUUAUAAACUGAUUUUAAAAAUAAUGA